UAUCAUGUUGAAAACUUCAUGAAAAAUCAAGAUGGUAGCAGCAUUGAAAAGUUCUACAAGGCAAGGCAUGUAUAAUGGAUAAGCAUUAUCAUUUAUGAUAUACUUAAGGGAUAAGCAAUCAUUAAGGUAACUAGACUUUGUCUAUAUAUAUAUAUAUGUAUGUAUAAUUCAUGUAUUGUGAGUGCUGAGAAAAAAAUUAGCUAGAGUUUGAGAGAAAAAUAAAAUUGUUGUGAGUAUAGAAAAAAAAAACUAGCAGCAGCUAGUAUUGUGAGAAAAAAAAAUGAGAAAAAAUAAAAUAAAGAGAGUUUGUAUUGUAUUUUGUAUUGUAUUGGAUUUAUUUGUGAGUAAUAAAAAUUAAUAUUUGAGUUUUUUAUUACUACGCUUCUAACAGUUCAGACCCUGCCAUCUAUGGUGGGAUAACCAAAAACUUGCCUAAUUGAUGAUCGUCUUGUCUGGAUAACGUUUCAUUUGUUGCUUUGAAUUUUGGUAUUUCGUGGAUUGAAAUAUAAAAAUAAAAAAUAAAGAAGUUUUGCUUACUUAAUAAAACCUUUCUGCAUGUUUUUACGAUCAUAUGAUAUGGAAUGUUGUCAAUUACAAUUACUGUCACACAAAUCAAGAUUCAAGAAUCAUCCGUACACCCCAUCAAAAGUUUUAAUAUAAACCCUCAAUAGUUUCACUGCCUCUCCCCCUUGCGCUUCAAAAACACGAAACAGUGUCUCUCAAAUAAAGAUUGAAAGCUUUGAAGAAUCAACAAAGGCAGAAGCAAUGGGUGAAAUGACCCAAGAACCAGGCUUUGAAAUUCCAAACCAGGAAGAAGAUGACCUUAAACUCCAAGAACCCAUCAACCUAUCCCUCCUCCACCUUGAUAACUUCAAGAACAACCAGCAAAACCGCCAUUCAUGCACAACCUGUGCCUGCAAUGUCGCCGCUUCCAACCCAAUGAAACGUCCUUCUCCUGAAUCAAUCGCUGAACACAAGUCCAAAAAGCCUUUGCUCGAGAAUCACUACUCCCUUUGUGGCUUCUCCAAGAUCCCUCUUCCACUGCUUCAACGCUCUACUUCUGACCCUUAUACACCUACAAAACCUAGCCCUUCGGACACCGCAAAGGCCUUAGAAGAUACCCCACUGUCAAAAGGAAGUGCUUCUUCUUCAUUGCCUCCAAGAGCCCCUGUCUUAAGCAGGUCUAUAUCUGAUCCCAUUUUUUCUCCUGCCAAGUCCUUGUCAAGGUCUUCAAGCUCCUACGAGAUGGGGGUGGAAUUGAUCAAGGAAGAGAGCCCCAGUGCCAAGAGAUUGAAGAGAAUGAAGGAGCGGAUGAAAGAAAUGAGCAAUUGGUGGGGUGAGGCUAUGCGAGAAGUUGAAGAUGUACUGUGCACCACUGAGGCAAUCAAGGAUAAUGGUGAGCCAGAUUGUGAAGAAGCUGUGAGAGUGGAGAAAAUUGGGGAAUGUUUGGACCUUCAUUUCAAGUGCCCUUGCGGAAAAGGCUAUAAAAUUCUUCUAUCUGGAAAGAACUGCUAUUACAAGCUCAUCUAGAUUUGGUUCUUACCACCAACGGUUGAGUGCUCAUCAAUCAUUACAUUUCAACUUCAUUUCUUUUGUUAGAAUUUAUUCUUCUGGUACCUGCACCAGUUUGAGGAAUUGUAGCUUUUAUUUUCUUUUUCGCACAUCUUUGAACCGAGUAACCCGUUUCCGACAGCAACUUGCUUACUCUGAUUCUUUAGAUCACAUCAAUCAUUCUUUUAGGUGAAUUCAGAUAUACUUGUGGCUUCAAUCCUGCAAAUAAUUAGUGUAUGAAUGAAUGUAAGGUCUUGCAUUUCUUCUAGAGAUCUGUAAUGGAGUAGAUUUCUUUUGCCCAUUGAACAA